AUGUCGUAUCCGACUCUUCCAACAAAUCUCCCUCCGGCGACACCACAGAAACCCCUUCCUGGAGCUUACUUUCAGACUCCGGCGCCCACUGGACCGAGACCUCUUCCGACCAGGUCGCCGAUGCCGACAAUGCAGUCGCAGACGCAAAUCCCCCAGACCCCCAUGCCGAAGCUUCCCCCAGCAGCAUCAAAGACUCAAAAUCAGACAGUGAGCACCGAGGAGCGCGGAGCGCGCACGAUUAACAGUGCUUUACUGAGCGAAUCGAAUUAUCCAGACCUGGACAGUUACUUGUCACAGGGCUCUUCUUCAGAGUACAACAUCCCUGGGGCCCAAUCAUGGGCACCUUUCCAAAAAGUCAAGAUGUACGACAUCCCCGACCAGAUUUUCGACCAAUACAAUCGCGCACAAGUCUCGACAAGCAUGGGCUUGUUUGCCGAGUUGAACCACGCGUGGGUGGCCAUUGACAACGCAUUGUACAUUUGGGAUUUCACCCACCCAAACCCGCAGCUCGUGGGCUUUGAAGACCAGCCUAACAGUAUCAACGCGGUGAAAUUGACGAGGCCACGCCCGGGAGUCUUUUUACCCGCAAUCACCCACUUGCUAGUGAUCUCCACGACGGCAGACAUCAUACUCCUGGGAAUGGGAUAUGAAAAGACACCCAGCGGGGGCCAGCAAGUCUCUCUGUACCACACUGGAAUGUCGGUCUCGGUGCGCGGCUUGGACAUAAAUGUUUUCGCGGCCUCUGAUUCCACUGGGCGCAUUUUCUUCGGUGGAUCGUCUGAUACCGAUGUGCACGAGGUUACCUACCAACAGGAGGAAAGGUGGUUCCAGGGACGGUGUGGCAGGGUGAACCAUACCAGUUCGCGCCUGUUGGCUUUCAGGCCAUCAAUGAGCCUGACCAACCUCGCACAGAGCUCGGUUGAGAGUAUAGUCCAGAUGGCACUCGACGAAAGCCGAAACUUGCUUUACACUCUUUCAUCGGCGUCUACGAUUCGUGUCUUCCAUCUUGGACCCGAAGGCAGCUUGACACUCGCCAUCACUAAACGCGCCAUCGAUAUUUACUCCAACAUUGGACACAUCAUCACCUCGAAUGAGACUCUCAAUCCCAGAGUCAAAAUUGUAUCGAUAAGUCCCGUGCCUGCUACAGAAGCUUCGAGGUACCAUCUGGUCGCGACGACUGCUACCGGUUACCGCAUCUAUCUGAGCGCCACUGGUUCAUACCAUUGGGGCCCUGCGUCUAACGGCACCAACCCCCCUACAAGUAUGCAGGCAUUGCAUGUGAAGACGCCGCCUGUCUAUAUUACUCCUGGUGGGAAUGCGUCAGGCUCUCCUAUCGGCGCAAUCGCGCCCUCUGCUGGUCAGAUCACCACAUUAGCACCCACGCGACUCGCCGAGCGAUAUUCCCCGGGUUAUUUCUUCUGUUUUACCACAAAGGAUCCCCUCCAGAAGAUGGACACCCUUUUCAUCUCGACCCCUGACUCUGGUCGGGUGGCACAUGUGCAGGAUAAUGCGACCAAUGGCAACAAAGACGCCGAGUCGGCAAUCGUCCUGGACCUGGGAGGUAAAGCGGAAGACAUUGGUUUGGUAUCGCCACCUUCGUCAGUGACCAAUGAGCUGGCUGUUCAAUUCGAUCAUCCAACAGCAGAGAUUGCCAUCUUGACGAACGGCGGUGUUCAUCUGAUCCGCCGGCGCCGUCUGGUGGACAUAUUUGCGGCUUUGCUCCGCAACGGUGGAAGCCGUGAUGAAGGCCCGGAAGGCGAAGGAAGAAACUUCAUCAAGCUUUAUGGACGCAGCGAGGCGCUAGCGACUGCACUCGCAGUUGCCUGCGGCCAGGGAGUGGAAUUGUCCCCUGAUCAAAGAAUGACUCGAAUCACCGACCCCGAUGUUCUGAACUUGGCACGCCAGUUCUUCAUUGAGCAAGGAGGUCGGGCCCACCUGAAUGAGAAUGCUGUGGCGGAUGGAACGACAUCUGCCCUUGAUGCAGUGCAGCCCUCUCCGCGACACGCGGGCAUUGCUCUUUAUAUCUCCCGUCUGUUGCGGUCUAUCUGGAAGGAGAGAAUCGCAAAGGUGGGCAGUGGAGCUAAUGGCGCUCAAACAGUUUCAGCGUCCGUGAGCUCCGUCAAACUGCAGACCAUCCAGCACGACCUCUCCUCGUUGCAAGAGUUUUUCAAGGUGAACAGGAACUUUAUCGAGGGGCUCAGCGGACCCGAUGCACUUAAUCGGAUGAAUACAAAGACCGAAGAAACAGCACUGCAAGCCGAGCACCGAGCUCUACAUUCACUUGUUCAAUUGGUCUCUCACACAAUUGAGGGCAUUUCAUUCAUUCUUGUGCUAUUCGAUGAGAGAGUCGAUGAGAUUGUGGCUACCUUGCCAAUCGAAUCCCAGGAUAAGUUCCUCAGCCUCACAUUCGAGGAGUUGUUUAGCUCUAGCAAGGGUCACGAUAUCGCCAAGGAGUUGGUUAAGGGGAUUGUCAACCGAAACAUUGCCAAGGGGUCCAACGUCGAGACGGUGGCUGACGCACUUCGAAGAAGAUGCGGCAGCUUCUGUAGCACGGAAGAUGUUGUUAUCUUCAAGGCACAGGAGAUGCUCAAGCGUGCGACUGAGGCCGGUGCCAACACAGAGCUUGGCCGCAACCUGCUCAAUGAAAGUCUGCACCUGUUCCAGCAGGUGGCAGACUGCCUACCUAUGGACUACCUGGUCUCAGCUGUGGAUAAUUUUAUUGUCAACCAGUUCUUCGCAGGUGCGAUCCAGCUCGCGCUCAAUGUGGCCGCCCGCUCCGACAAAGCCAACCUUGCCUACUCCUGGAUCAUGGAUGGACGCCCCGAUCAGGUUCGCACUCCCUUCCCCAAUGGAUACCGUCACCCUCUCACCUUUACCCAGGACCCCCGCAAGGAGUACUUUUUGUUCCGCAAGCAGUGCUAUGAUUUAAUUUUCAAGGUCGUCCUUUCAGUGGAUACCCUGGCAGCAUCCGAUCCUGGCGUGAUCGACGGCCAACCAACCAUCGUGGCCAAACGCCAGGGUGAGGCUUAUGGCGUCAUUUCGGACUCGGCGGAUGAAGUAUUCCUCACCAGUCUUUAUGACUGGUACCUCGAGCAAGGCUGGAACGACCGGCUGUUGCAGACACAGUCGCCCUUUGUGGUCACUUACCUUCAGCGCAAGUCGAAUGAUGAUCUGGGCCACGCGGAUCUGCUCUGGCGAUACUACGCUCAGUCUCAACGAUUCUUCGAGACUGCACAAGUCCAGUUCCACCUCGCCCAAAGCGCUUUCAUCUUGCCAUUGAACCGCCGCAUUGAGUAUCUUGGCCAAGCCCGUGCCAAUGCUUCCAUCUUCACACCGGACGUGGGACGCCAGUCAAGGCAGCGACUGCUGCAAGAGAUUUCGAAUAUGAUCGAUGUGGCCAAUAUCCAAGAUGACCUCUUGCAAAGACUCAAGGAUGAUGAGCGUAUCGCUGACGAGCGCAAGGGCGAGGUCCUAGCGGAUGUAGAUGGUCCGAUUAAGGAUAUCAGCACACUCUUCAACCAGUUUGCCGACUCAGCCGGCUACCAUGACAUCUGUCUCCAAAUCUUCUACCAGGCCGACCACCGCAAUGCUGCAGACGUCAAGUCCACCUGGCAACACAUGAUCGACAGCACACAUCAAGCCACCGUUGCGCGGGGCUCACCGCAACCUUACGAAGCGGUGAUCGACAAAGUGCGCGGUCUCGGAAGCCGCCUGCGUUUGUCCGAGACGAUAUUCCCCAUCCGCGAGCUUGUCCCCAUGCUCGAGCGUUAUUCUCUGGAGUUCCAGCGGAACGUCGGCCCGCCUACCUGGGUGGUGGAUCUGUUCUUGGAUCUCGGCGUUCCGCACGAAUCCCUGUACGCAGUCCUUGAGACCAUGUACUACACCGAUGAAGCCCCCUUCCACGGGUCCAACCGCCGGUAUAUUGCACAGGAUCUGCUGUACCUCCUGACUGGCUGGUUCCAGGAGACCGUGCGACUAGGCGGGAUGGUGUUCGGGUCGGAUAUUGUUGCCGAGCGGGUCUCAGAGAUGCUCCUGAUUCUGACGCAGAACAAUGUCAUUGGCAAGGAGCAGUUGGAGGCCGCUCAUGAGUUGCGGUCACGGAUCGAUGAUAUUUUGCAGUGA